CCGCUGAGCCAGCCGGCCGACGCCCUGGUCUCCACCUUCUGCCUGGAGGCGGUGAGCCCCGACCGGCCGAGCUUCGAGAGAGCCCUGCUGCACAUCACCACCUUGCUGAGGCCCGGGGGGCACUUCCUCUUCAUCGGCGCGUUGGAGGAGUCCUUCUACCUGGCCGGCGAGGCCAAGCUCGCGGUGGUGCCGGUGAGCGAGGCCGACGUGAAGGCCGACUUGGGGGAGAGCGGCUACCGAGCCACAUUCCGUGCCUACGUCAUGCCGCCCAGCCUGAAGAUCGGCGUGGACGACGUGAGCGGGGUCUUCUUUGCCCACGCGCAGAAGCAGCCCGUGGCCUGACGCCCGUGGCCUUAAACCCGUGGCCCAUGGCCCGUGGCUCAGCCACACUCGCCGCAGAGAUGCAUGUGACCCAAAGCAAAGCUUGGUAGCUAGAAAUGCAACAGAGCCACCCCUCCAAGGCAGCUACCCUCCACAGGCUGCCUGGUCCUCAGUAAAGCCCCCGCCUCCAGCUCCAGAGCUGGCCUCCUUCGCGGGUGGUGGCCGAUUUAGCAGCAAAGAGAAAACAAAAACUGGAGGCCGGUGGAUUAGCUGGUUCGGAGCUCUCCCUGCGUACAUUCUAGGCUUCUAUUAAUGGCAGGGUCUGUGCGCUCUUGGGAUACCUGGCAGGGUUGGCUUCCUGUAGGCCCAGAGUUCUCCUAGUGCUUUACACGGCCAGUGAAAUCCUGGGGGUGCUCAUACGGCGCUGCCGGGGGUUGGAAGCGCUUACAAAGCAUGGUCCGCUGAAUCCGCCUGCCACCCCGGGAAGCAGAUCUGCAUUACCAGCCUUGUUUGAUAAGCAGGGAAACCGAGUCACGGAACUGAAGUAGGGGCUAGUUAGCGAGCAAGAGCCGGGAUUAGAAUUCGGCCACUUCCCAAUUCCUGACCCCUGCCCUCCGUGCGCUUGCGUCUCUCUCUGCGUCGUCUUACGUGGCAGGCGGCCCGUUCUGGGGCAGGACACAGCCGGUGCUAACCAGCCGACAGGAACAUUCUUCACGGGUUUAGAACAGAUCACGAAAAGCUGCCCCCCCCACGCCCUCUGAAACCCAAAGGAGAGUGGGAGGGAGGCAGAAUAUACAUGCCAAUCUGGUAUUUCACUUUAGAAGAAGAAUGCAAGAGCCAAGGUAGAAUUUCAGCA